AUGAAUUUUAGGGUUUUCCUUUUGGUCUUACUCUACAUUAUUGGAUUAAUAUGCUGUGACGAAACAAGUAAAUACUCUGUAAACGAAAAAAAAAAAAUAAACAAUGUUUCUAAGACUUUUCUUAGUGAAUAUCCUUUAUUGGAGGACUUUGAUCUCGAAUUCCAACGUGAAGAUGAAAAAGUAAAUAAUUACGAAGAAAUAUCAGAUUUCAUUUCAAAGAAUAGUCAACCUACAACAGAAAAAUCCUCAUUUUUCUCAUUAUUUAAAAAAAAUAAUCCAAAACGACUGAAUAAGAAAAAUACUUGGUCAUUAAAUAAUCCUCACACAACUUUCAAAAUAAUCAGCCCAAGUUUAAAUCUACAGCAAAGGAAAUAUAAAAUCUUCCCUUUAAAGAAUAAAAAAUCACCAGAUACUGUUAGUAAUAAUGGCAAGAUUAUAUCUCAAAUUUCGAAUUCAAAUUUGUCCAAAGGAUCUUUGGAAAAUACAUCUUCGGCAUUAAAUUUUGUUGAAGAAAGAGGAACACAAACCAAUGGUGAUUCAUAUUCUAGUGAUGUAAGAUUUGAAAUCCUAAAAAAUGAGGAACUUAGAGAAAGAGAAAUGAAGCAAAUUAUGGAUGAAGUUGCGUUCAAAAAAGAAAAGAUUAAAGAAAAGAUUGAGGAGGAGCGUGAAUUUUCACUAGUGGACCCAGAAGAAGAUCAAAUUGAAACAUGGGAUGACACUCAAAUAUAUAAAAAGGUUGAGCCUGGAGAAGAAAAAAUGUUAAAAUAUCCUUAUGAAAUUGGUGAUCCGAAAAAAAUUGCGAUUCGUAAUCAUCCUGAACUUAAAGGAUAUAAACAAAAUGAUAUAAAUUUGUCAGAAAUGAAAUCCAGACAGUUGAAGCAUGACCAGGAAUUGGAAUUUAUUGAGACUUCUCAAGAAGCACAGCAUAUGUUUGAAACUGCAGGUUCCCCAUUCAGAAAUGUUAAAAGGGGAAUUAAAGACCCAUUAAAUGAUGAAGAUAUGGCUGUAUUAGAUAUGCCACUAGGGCAUACUCCAGACGGAAUUAGAGAUAUUGUCGAGGAAUAUUUUUGGGGAGAUUUUCCAAACUUUAAUUAUGAGCACGAUAGAGUUAAUCCUCCUGAUAACUUGGCUCACUUUUUUGAUUUGGAUUCAAAUAUCAAGAAUGUUUUAACCUUAUCUCCGCACAGUUCAAAUAUAUUAGAACCAGGGUUGAAAGAUCUUAUUUCGAUUCAUCCAAGAACAAAAAAAGAUGUUAAAAUACUCAUUGCAGAAAGAAGAGAUCUACUUACGGUUAAAGACCGACCUUUUUCCCUUACCAGAUCAAUCUCCAAAGGUUUUAAAAAUAUUUUUAUGAGAAGAAAAUCCAAAAAGGCAAAACAAAAGUUUUUGGCGGAUCUUAGGGAUGCAAUAAUUGAAUGGUCUAAUGAAUAUGAUAAAGAAUUUCCUAUGAUUACUUUGUCUCCAAACAAAUACAUUUCACCCAAAAUAAUCAAAGAAGCUUUAAAUAGCAACGAAAAUAAAGAUAUGAAUUUAGAUCUAAAGCAAAGGUUAGAAUUUGUAGAGGAAAUGCUCAAAAAAGAAGAAACUCCAACUCCAAAAGAUUCCAAACUGUUUAAUAUUCAUCUUUCUAGGCAAUUGUUCCCUGAGUUAAAGUUUGAAGAUAUUCCUGAUAUUCGAGGAAUUCCAAUAGAAGAAUUAAUUAUUUUAUCGUCCUCAGGAAUAUUACCCAACAUGGGUGACUUUGAACAUACUCUUAAUUCACUUAGAAACGAAUUAAUAGAAGCUGAAAGAAUAAAAGGUAGCUUUGAAGACCCUCUUGAUCCUAGGAGAGUAAGUAGGCAUGUGUUAAUUAAAGAGCUUCCGCCCAUUUCAGCAAGUGAAGAUGAAUUGGCACAAUGGGAAAUGGAACAAAGAGAAAAGAUGAUUCAAGAAGAAUAUGAUGAGCAUGGCCACCGUAAAUUUAAGCUUCAGCAAUUACCAUUAGACAGAAUACCAGGUGUUCCAAAUUUGAAAUUAAAACAAAAUGAAAUGAAGGUCGGUAAGGUUGUAGUUUCGGAUGAAGAAGUUGAAAAACUGAGAAAUUAUGAAAAGAAUAUAUAUCCUGAGUACAUUAAAAAGACAGAUAAAUUGUCUAGAGAGGCUGAAAAAAGAAGAAUCGCUCAUGUUAUUGAUAAAAGAGACCAAGUUGAAGCUGAUUUAAAGAGAACCCCAGCUGCCUUUAAAAGAAAAAACCAAGUUGAUCCAUAUAACUUCAUUUAUGAAAAUGAAGGGAUGAAUUCCAAAAUUAGUGACGGAAAUAAGCAACUGGAAAGGCCACACACAACAGCUAUGACCCAUUUAGACAAAAAUUUCAAGAAAACUAUAUUUGAUAGCUCCAAAUUUAAUUAUGGAUCAAGUUCAGAAUUUGGAGACAAUUUGAAUGAUUACAUAGAAGCGGAAGACUAUAUUAAAAAAAAAUGA